AUGAAGUUCCUCCCAGUUCUCGCUAUCUUCUUCGCCGGCGUCCUCGCUGCUCCUCCUCGUCAUGGUGGCGACGAUAGCUACUUUGAUGCCUGCCCAACUAUCUUUAGCCUGGCUCAGUGCUGUGGUGCUAAUAUUGGUGAUAUUGUUGGUGUUGACUGUGCCAACCCUACUAUUACUCCUACAAGCAUCGAUAGCUUCAAGGCCACUUGUGCCAGUGUUGGCAAGAGUGCCCGUUGCUGUACUAUCCCCAUGCUUGGAGUAGGUAUUGCCUGCCUGGAACCUAUUGGCGCAUAA